GAUAUGCUCUGAAAGUGCUGAGCUCCCUCUCCCAGCCUUGAGAUGUUGGGCCAGGCUGGGGGUGCUGAACCUCCCCAAAGAUUCCACCUCCUUCCCCCUCCUCCUUGCCCCAAAACAUCCCCAAUAUCACCACAUUUGUCCUGAUGUGUCAAACAAUGCCAAUAUUUAACUCUCAUAAAGGUGAACUGGCAGUUUUACCUAAAAGCCUGUUUGUUCGUGUUUGCUGUUUCUUGCUGAAAGGGGAUUUGAAGUUUUCCAGGUAGCCCUUGGGUUUUUACAGCUUUCCAUAAGGAAUCCAAAUCCAGGACAAAAAAAAUCGUCGAAUUAAUAACUCUUCCCAUGCUGUAGAGGUUUUUCCACGGCUCCAGUAUUUCUGUGCCAGGAUUCCCCAGCAUGUCUUCACUAACAGAGAAGGACAGACCAAUUGUUCAGCUCUUGCUCAACACUGGCACUUGCCCACGAUGUAUUUUGAGGUUCUGCUGUGUGGGAUCACAGACCCUUUACAGACAUCCAGACAAGGAUUUGAUGAAGGAUUUAGAAGACUUCCUGAAAAAGAAUCAAGAAGAAGAAGGCACAGUUUGUUUGGAGGUGGUUGACCCACCUUGUAAGAGGAUCAGACUUGAAGACACCGAAGAAGGUCCCGAGGAUCUGAACCACAACGGAGCCCUCCCGCGGAUUCCUUCGGAGAACGACGGGAACGCUGCAGUGGAGAGCUCUGCUGGGAAGGUUUGCAACGUGUGUUUGGGAAUCCUUCAGGAGUUCUGCCAGGCUGACUUUGUUAAAAGGGUGUGCCAAAAAGUUAAUUCUGCUGACUACCAGUUCACUAGUUUUGUAUUUUCUGUGUCACUCCCCCCCCAGCUCUCUGUUAGGGAGAGGGCUGCUUGGCUGGGGGUGAAGCAGGAGAUGAGGAAUCUGGGCCUUUCCUUGGAAAAGGAUGACAUUGUUCAGCUGAAGGAAGCUUAUAAGUGGAUUAUCCACCCCCAGUUGGCGGAAGAGUUGGGUGUUCCUGCUGAUGGAAAGAGUUUGUUUGAAGUCAGCGUGGUCUUUGCUCACCCAGAGACAGACGAGGAGUGCCGUUUCCUAGCCACAACCUGUCCAGACUGUUUCAAACCAGCAAAGAACAAACAGUCUGUUUUCACCAGAAUGGCAGUUAUAAAAGCCCUAGAGAAGAUAAAAGAAGAGGAUUUUCUCAAGCAUUUUCCAUGUCCUCCAAGUUCACCAAAGAACCUGUGUGAUGCUCUGGAAAUUCAGUGCAAUAACGGUGCAGUUUUUGUGGCUGGAAGGUACAACAAAUAUUCCAGGAAUUUACCUCAGACCCCCUGGAUUAUUGAUGGGGAGAGGAAGCUGGAAUCUUCAGUGGAAGAACUAAUUUCAGAGCACCUCAUGGCCGAAUUCAAAGCAGACAGCUUUAAUUUUUCUUCCUCUGGAAGAGAAGAUGUGGAUGUGAGGACACUAGGAAAUGGAAGGCCCUUUGCAAUCGAGCUGGUGAAUCCUCGCAGGAUCCACUUCACCGCCGAGGAAAUGAAGAGGCUGCAGCAGGCAAUUAAUAACUCUUCAGACAAAAUCCAGGUUCGAGACCUGCAGCUCGUCACCAGGGAGGCAAUUGGUCGUAUGAAGGAAGGUGAGGAGGAGAAGACAAAGACCUACAGUGCCUUAAUAUGGACGGACAAAGCGAUCCAGAGGGAAGACAUCGCGCUCCUGGAUGAUAUCAAGGAAUUAAAACUGGACCAGAAGACCCCUCUCCGUGUUCUGCACCGGCGGCCCCUGGCCGUGCGCUGCCGGAUCAUCCACACCAUGAGCUCCGAGUACAUCGACGAGCACCAUUUCCGCCUGCACCUCAAGACUCAGGCAGGGACCUACAUUAAAGAAUUUGUGCAUGGAGACUUUGGAAGAACAAAGCCCAAUAUUGGGUCCCUCCUGAACAGAACUGCUGACAUUCUGGAGCUGGAUGUGGAAUCUGUUGACGUCGACUGGCCUCCGACCCUGGAUAACUGACUUCCCAAGGGAUGAGGAAGCAGCAGCUCAUGACCAAACACUGUGCAGUGUUUCAGCCUGGGUGCAAAGGGUUUCCAUGGAACACUUGGAUCAUGUUGAUCUGCCAAAGGAUACCCUGACUUUGAAUCUACUUUGAACACUCUGGACCAGGUAGUGUUGGUUCAGUCUCUGGCCUUACUUUAAUUUCUUCCGUGCAUAAAAAGAUUUUGGGAAGCCAGUGCAUUCCUGAUAAAUUAUAGUUAAAGAUAACCCUCCCUCAAGUCAGAUUUCUUUUGAAACUCUUUUUAUAUUGGAUGCUCUCCUUAUCUGGAUGCAGGUAGCACCGGGUUACCUGAAAUCCCAACUCUUUCUGAGCACUGUUCCUGCAGGAAAUCCCAAAAGCCAGGGAGACUGAAGCCAGCAGGACAGUGCUGGAGCAAGUCUCCCUGCUGGCUGCUUUUUGGUCAGGGUUAGUUUUAGAGAUGGGCAAAUUUAUCUCACAAAGGGCGAAAACAUUUUUCAGAGGAAACCUUUGCACUUAAAACCAAGUUUUUCUAAUUUAAAAACAUGGGCGACACUUCCUAGAAACAACAGCUGGGGCCUCGUGAGCCCUCCAGCCUGGCCACAGUCCUCUCCAGGAGCAGGAAUUCCCCAGUGAGUCACCAUAUAUAAAAAGAUUGGGAACUCCUGGCAGUGGUGCAUGAUGGGGAUCUAAAGAAAAACAGGAAUACCAAAGAAUCUCAAAGUGCAGGCAGACA